AUGCAGCCCCCCCCGCGCCCCCCCCCCGCUCUGCUGCCGGGGCUACUGCUGCUCUGGGCUGCUGGCCACGGCCCAGGCCAGUCCCAGGAGGUGCAGGCAGAGAACGUGACGGUGCUGGAGGGUGGCACUGCAGAGAUCACCUGUCACCUGCACAGGUACGACGGCUCCAUCGUGGUCAUCCAGAACCCGGCCCGGCAGACGCUGUUCUUCAACGGCACCCGCGCUCUGAAGGACGAACGUUUCGAGCUGGCCGAGUUCAGUCGCCGGCGGCUCCGGCUGCGCCUGGCCCGGGCCCGGCUGGACGUGGCCCGGGCCCGGCUGGACGACGAGGGCGGCUACUUCUGUCAGCUGUACGCAGACGACACCCACCACCAGAUAGCCACCCUGACCGUGCUGGUGCCCCCCGAGGAGCCGCAGGUGGAGGCAGCGGCGCUGGCAGUGGAGGGGGGGGAGGUGGAGCUCACCUGUCUCGUGCCCCGAGCGCGACCCCUGGCGACGCUGAGGUGGUACCGGGACCGGCGGGAGCUGCCAGGUGACAGCAGGCACCGGCAGGUAGGGAAGGUGUUCUGGCAGAGCAGCGUCCUGCGGCUGCGCGUCGAGCGCCGCGACCACGGCGCCAUCGUCACCUGCGAGGCCACGCACCCUGCCCUGGGCAGGGGCCAGCGCCGGCUCACCCAGUACCAGCUGGACGUGCAGUACCCCCCCUCUGCGCGGAUCCACCCCUCCCAGAGCGUCCUGCGGGAAGGUGACACCUUGGUGCUCACCUGUGCCACCAAUGGCAACCCUCGCCCCUCAGUCACCUGGAGCCGAGGUAACGAGUCCCUGCCGGCGCGGGCGAAGGCCGAGGGCGAGCGGCUGACGCUGCCGGCGCUGGCCCCGCAGGACAACGGCUCCUACACCUGCCAGGUGGGCAACGCCCACGGCCGCGCCGCCGACACCUACGUGCUCGUGGUGUACGACCCCGGGGCGGUGGUGGCGGCGCAGGGGGCGGGGCCUUUUGCCGUGGUGGGCGGGGCCUUGGCCCUGCUGGUGUUCCUGCUGCUGCUGCUGCUCGGGGCCCUGGUCUGGUGUUCCGUCCGACAGAAAGGCUCGUACCUGACGCACGAGGCCAGCGGGCUGGAGGAGCACGGCGAGGCCCGCGAGGCUUUCCUGGGGGGAGAGGCCGGGAAGCGCAAGGAGGAAUUCUUCAUCUGA